UCACGCGUCAGCUGUCACGCUCGCGUCUUGUUCUUUCGAAUCUACCUUCGCGAUGGCAGCAGCAUUUGAAAGACAGAGCCUCAUAAAACUAUGCUCAGGAGAAACAUACGAGAAAGCACAGGCGAUUCUACGACUUGCGAAAGCCAAAACUGUGCCUGGCUCUGGGUAUCUCGUCGCUCAUCCAAAUGCACUUCCAGGCAUCUGCGCGUACCUCGCGUCAGAAGAACUGAAUAAUAACGAAGUGUCACAAAAAGCCGCUGUCGCAAGCGCUUGCAUCAGUCAAAAUGAUUUUACGAAGGCUCUGAAUGUUGUGCGGAAAGCACUUGGCCCUAUGGGGAGACAGCAUACGAGGGGUCUUAAUUACAGGUCACUCAUUGGCACGUAUCGUGUAAUGCCAGCCGAAGAGGCCUUGGAAUGGAUGCGUGAAGCAGAAAGCAGUAUCCCCAAAGUUGACAUGCUUCGUACGCGUCAUCAAGCUAGUACGGUGACUUGUGCUAUAUUUCACUGGAUAUGUCAGAUCAUGGAGGUUCAGGGGGUGCAAGAAAAAUCACUUUGUCAAAACCAUGGCGUUCCUCUUCCUGCGUUCAAAUCUGUCAUAAAGGCCCUCGAUAAGGAUUGUGAUGCAGUUGCCGGCCGCAUCAAAUCUCAGCUACAAGAAAUGAACUCUUCAGGGACGCCUUCGAAACCCCGGACUCGCCCUUCUACCUCGCCACAGAAGUCUCCAUCCAAGUCCGCCAUGAAAGCCAAAUCACAGGAUAUCACGCCAGCAAAGCCCCUCACACUAAAACGUGCUGUGGUCGCCUUUUCCCACAGCACCAUUGAUGAUCUCGAUGAUACUCUAUUGCCUGAGACCCCGACUAAAAGACGUCGAGUUGGGUCACCUUCCAAACCUGGCGCAAGCGUUUCGCCCAGAAAACGCACAAUGGCGCCACAAAGGACAACACCUUCCAUAACUGCAUUUGAGCAAGCUAUCAGAGGAGAUUCUGCCUCAUGCCACGAACAGCAAAAGUCGGCGUUCUCCAUUGCUACAUCUAGUGGCUCGCAUUCCCCAUUUCCUGGUCCUUCCACGCCGCGGCACACGCGAAGCUACCCUUCUAGACCAGCUGAAGAGUUAGCCGCAAUGGAAGUCGACGAACAACGAUCGGAGCAUGCUGAGCCUCCUGUGCGCAAACGUUUCCGACCAGUGUUCCUGGACCAGCAGCAGUGGUGCAGUCGAGACCCAAAACUUGCUAAGAUCUGGGAUGCCGCCGUAGAGCAUAGGACGCAGAUGAUGGGGUUGUAUGCGCAUCCGUUUGAGCAGUAUCGUCCUGUUGUUACCUCCUGAGUCGUGUGAGCCAAGGUUGGGACUCAUCGCCGAUAUCAUCACCGUUCUAAAUUAAAAUUGCUGUAUUCUACGAGCCAUUUUCAUGCAACUGACUCGGGCAUCCGUGGACAUUAUGGCACUGAUUGAUCUGUGCACGUUCGAAUGUAUCAGGUGAUGCCGAUAUGCUCCCUCGGUGUUCUUAUCAAAGCCGACAUGUUGACUAUGAUACGGCACGUAGGAGCAAAGCGAGAAUUGGCACAGGACUGCCGUCAUGCAAGCA